AAUAUGGAAUCUGGUCGUAUAGAAAUGGAUAACAUAGAAGUGGAAAAUAAUGAAUUGGAAAGCAUGGAAUCUGAAACCAUCGCAACAGUUUCUGCACUACAGGCUCUCUCUAAUUUGUUAUAUUCAGAAGACCAGAAAGAGGACUUCUAUUCUGAACAGACACUUUGUUCCACUUCGUCAGGAAAUAUGAAUCCAGGAAAUAUUGGAACACACCUAACUGAAAAAAUCAAAGUUUUCUCUGAAAACAAUGAUGAUACUGCUGAGAAUAUAUGGAACACAGAAGAAAUUCCAGAAAAAGCAGAAUUUGAUGAUCAGUGGGAUGGCAGAGAACUUCCUGAGUAUGAGUUUGUAUUUAAGCAACAGGUGGGAACUGAGGACCUGUUCCUUGGAUUUACCAGGAAGGAUUCCUCAACAGCUUGUUGUGAAAAUCUCGUGGUAAAAAUUAAACUUCCAAACACAAACCCUUCAGAUAUUGAGAUUGAUAUUCAGGAAAUGUACCUUGAUCUUCGUACUCCUAAUAAGAAGGUAUUGGUACCACUUCCUCAUCCUGUGGAAAGUAAUAGUGCAAAAGCAGCCUUCUUUCUUGAAGAUGAGACUCUCGAAGUCACCAUGACUAUGAAAAGAGAGUUAGAUUUUUUGAAUUUCUUCUGAAAGUGCCUGGAUAAGGCUAAAAGUUGUAAAAAAAAAAAAGACACUAAUAAAAA